CAUGUAGUUAUCAGUUUUGUUAGACGCGCGUAGUCCAACGGUAUCAUACUUGACCGUACAAUGAGUUAAUACGUCUUGGAGUGCAUACGCGUUGUGUUUGAAGUCCCUAAGUAUAGUACCUAGUUGCAAAUGAAGAAAACAGAGAAGAGCAGAUCCAAAGUGAAAAGAGAGGGAGAUUUCAUCCCCCCAGAUGGAGGUUGGGGUUGGAUGAUUAUUUUUGCAGCUGGAUUUUCCAAUCUUUCAGCUUUACCGGUACUCCAGCAGUUUGGCCUCCUCUUCAGGGACAAGUUCGAACGGCUGGGUAUCACCAGCUCGGAGACUACCACCAUUAUCAACAUGAACUCUGCUUUGACCUCUUGCGUCGGUCUAGCAAAUGGUCCCGUAUUUAAGACAUUCAGUUAUAGAAAAGUGUCGCUAACUGGCGCUACUGUCGUCUUCAUAUCGCUUAUGAUGACCACAUUCUCCUACAAUUUUAUCACUUACCUCGUAUCAUUCUCCAUAAUAUACGGAGCUGGAUACGGUAUCAGUAGUUCUGCUAAUGCUCUCGCUUUAAAUACUUAUUGGAAAAACCGAAGAAGAUUAGCGACAAGUUUAUCAUGGACAACUACAGGACUCGGCCCUAUAUUAUGGCCGCAUAUUAUUACAUUUUUAUUUGCUUCGUUUGGAGAAACUGGAACGAUAUUAAUCAUAAGUGGAAUAUCACUUCAUGCUAUAGCAUGCGCACUUUUACUACAACCAGUUGAAUGGCAUAGUAAAAUCCCAGAGCAAAAAGAAGAAGAAAAUCUUCUUAAACCAUCUAACAUAAAGAACAAUGACGAAAUAAAUAAAAAUACUGAUGACAAAAACACUGUAGAUAGUGGUUAUUUCAGUCGAAUAUCAAAAUUUAAACAAAACCUUAGUGCUUUUUCUAGUCAAUACCUUUACAAUGAAGAUGAUCCAGUGACUCCUGGUUAUGAAAUCACAGACCCAGGCGUUCCCAUGAUGUUACGCGCUAAUGACGGAUAUUUUAGUCAAUCUCGACAAUCUAGAAGUAGAUUGUCUUCAAGAGAAGCAUCUACAAAAAAUUCUAGAAUGAAUUCUAAAAAGACAUCCAUGACCAAUUUAACAGAAAAUCGCUCCCGUAAAUCAUCCACUUUAUGCUUAAACGAAUCUAAGAAAAAUUCUUAUGCGAAUCUUGCUACUUUAGUUCCGGAAGUUAAAACUAAAGUAAAACGUAAAACAUCCAUAACUUUGGAUACACAAAUUCCAGAAUCAGAAAUAGAAGAUUGUCCGACUCUUAAAGCUCCACAGGACUUAAAAGCUGACGAAAAGGCUGUUGUAGAUAAAAUCGAUCCAGUAAAAGUAAAAGAUAUCGAGCAAAGAGCAGAAAAACAUAUGCGUGGUAAUAAAAGUAUAAAAUCGUUUAAAAUGGAUGGACAAUAUGGGGAAAAAUAUGCUAGAGACAAUCAUAGUAACAUUUCUUUGAAGAAUCAAGAUGAUUAUGAGGAAAGAAAAUACACUAAAGAUAAUCAUAGCAACCAAUCAUAUAGAACUAGAUACAGGAGAAAAUCAAAUAAUUUUAAUUAUGAAAGUGAAGUAUUGAAACAGGCUUCCGUGAAAUUAGAGCAAUACCUAAAAGAUAAUGAAGAACAAAAUCAAACAGAAAAAAUGAAAUUACUUAUAAAUAAUCAUUCAGAUGACGAAGACGAUGAUGAUGUCUUCGAAGAAAAAAAGGAUAUUGAAGAAGAGAAAGAAAUUACACUUUGGGAAAAAAUAUACAUGUUCUUUGAUUUAGAUCUUCUAAAAGAUUAUACAUUUAUUAAUCUUAUGUUGGGAAUAACACUAGCUAAUUUCAACGAACUAAACUUUUCAAUUUUAACACCCUUUAUACUUGGUGAUUAUGGGUUUAGUAAGCCCGAAGUUGCUUUUUUCAUGUCAUUACUAGCCGGCAUCGAUAUCUGUGUAAGAUUUUGUAUUCCAUUCGUAGCAGGAAACAUUGGAUGGGAUAAUAAUUCUUUCUUUCUCUUUGGAGUUAUGUCUAUGGCUAUGGGACGAGUUGUCCUCGCAUACUGCCAAAACUACAGUGUGGUGCUAAUGGUCGCAGCGAUGAUUGGCUUCGGAAAGGGAUUGAGGACGGUCUUCAUGGCAUUGGUGAUACCUACUCAUGUUCCACUACACAAGCUACCAGGAGCAACUGGAAUACAGCUCAUAACCGCUGGAAUUGUUUACCUCUCUUUAGGACCAGUUGUUGGCUGGAUCAAAGACAAUGCAUCGACUGCUGUGACUCUACAUUGCCUGAACAUAUUCACAUGGCUGACAGCUUUAUCGUGGGGCCUCGAAAAAUACAUCCGAUAUAGAAGACAAAAUUCUUCCAAUGAAGAAUUAACGAAGGCUUGAAUUGUUCGAGUUGGAAAGUAGAUUAAGAACAUGUGAUAUAGUUAUAUUUAAUAAAUUUUAAAAUCAAUGUAUUCCAGUGGCUGAUAUUAUAAUUAGUAAGAUUGCAAUCUAGACCUGCUUAUGAAAAUACUUUGAAAUCAAACUAAAAUGGAACGUCUUUAGUAAAGGCCUCUACUUUUACUAUUUUUAA